AAAGUUCAAAGUGGGACGAUCAUGGACAGACCUGAGUGUGGGGAACAGAAAGAAUAUGGCAUCUUGCAGGCUACAGUCACCAAAAGAUGGAACAUAGGAGGACAGGGGCCUGGGAGAGUCACUUCAGUGUCGGGUAAACAACAGAGCAAGGCAAGUGUCCCGGAUGCUUGGUUUCCCACCCACCAGUGUCCGCUUACUCAAGUCCCUCCACCAAGCUAGUAAGAGUCCACAUUAGAACCUCACAGGCCUCCAGGUUACAGCUUUCCCAGGUUUGUUAUUUGGUUCUCUACUGCACAGAAUAGAUAGAGUUCUGAUACCCAUCAUAGUUAAGCAUCAGGAUUUUCUAAGAGGACAGAGUUAACAGUAACAUCAUGGCCUCGGCAGGACUCCAGCUCCUUGCUUUCAUCCUGGCCUUAUCCGGGGUCUCUGGAGUGCUCACCGCCACUCUGUUGCCUAACUGGAAGGUGAAUGUAGAUGUGGGCUCCAACAUCGUAACAGCCAUUGUGCAGCUGCACGGGCUCUGGAUGGAUUGUACGUGGUACAGCACCGGGAUGUUCAGCUGUGCCCUGAAACACUCCAUUCUGUCCCUCCCCAUUCACGUGCAGGCUGCGAGAGCCACCAUGGUCCUGGCGUGUUUUCUGUCUGCUUUGGGGAUCUGCACUUCCACAGUAGGACUGAAAUGUACUCGCUUAGGAGGGGACAGAGAAACCAAGAGCCAUGCUUCCUUUGCUGGAGGAGUCUGUUUCAUGUCUGCAGGAAUCUCCAGUUUAAUCCCGACAGUGUGGUACACAAAGGAGAUCAUAGCAAACUUUCUGGAUCUGACAGUUCCAGAAAGCAACAAACACGAACCUGGAGGAGCUAUCUAUAUUGGAUUCAUUUCAGCAAUGCUGUUGUUUAUCUCUGGCAUGAUUUUCUGCACCUCCUGUAUAAAAAGGAAUCCAGAAGCUUGGCUCAACCCACCCACGCAGCAGCCUAUCUCUACCACACAGCCAGAGAACAAUUCCACACACAACCUGAAGGAUUAUGUGUAAAUAUCUGCGUAAUGCAUAAUGGAACUUUUGGGUGCCAAAUGGGACUUUCAGAUUUUAAAAAAUUAGAAUCAUGCUUAACUUUCCCUACAAAGAAAGUAGAAUGUAAAAUACUUUAACAGCUACAAGGUAGUUUAAAAUGCCAAUUAAACGAUCAUAUACAA